CGCUGGUCGCCAGAAAAGACCCGCCCCGCUGUGCUGUCGCUCGCGCUGGAAGAAGCGGAAGAAGAUGGCGCUCACCAGCUUUUUACCUGCACCUACUCAGCUAUCUCAGGACCAGCUUGAGGCUGAAGAAAAGGCAAGAUCUCAGAGAUCACGGCAGACCUCACUGGUCUCAUCCCGAAGAGAACCUCCCCCCUACGGGUACCGGAAAGGCUGGAUACCUCGGUUAUUAGAGGAUUUUGGAGAUGGAGGUGCUUUUCCAGAGAUCCAUGUGGCCCAGUAUCCCCUGGAUAUGGGACGAAAGAAAAAAAUGUCGAAUGCACUGGCCAUUCAGGUAGAUCCUGAAGGAAAAAUUAAAUAUGAUGCAAUUGCUCGACAAGGACAGUCGAAAGACAAGGUCAUUUAUAGCAAAUACACUGACCUGGUUCCAAAGGAGGUUAUGAAUGCAGAUGAUCCAGACCUGCAAAGACCUGAUGAUGAAGCUAUUAAAGAGAUAACAGAGAAGACAAGAGUAGCCUUAGAAAAAUCCGUAUCACAGAAGGUUGCUGCAGCCAUGCCAGUUCGAGCAGCUGAUAAACUAGCUCCUGCUCAGUAUAUCCGAUACACACCAUCUCAGCAAGGAGUGGCUUUCAACUCUGGAGCUAAACAGAGGGUUAUUCGGAUGGUAGAAAUGCAGAAAGAUCCAAUGGAGCCUCCGAGGUUUAAGAUUAAUAAGAAAAUUCCCCGUGGUCCACCUUCUCCUCCUGCACCUGUCAUGCAUUCUCCUAGCAGAAAGAUGACUGUAAAGGAACAACAAGAGUGGAAGAUUCCCCCUUGUAUUUCUAACUGGAAAAAUGCAAAGGGUUAUACAAUUCCACUGGACAAACGUCUGGCUGCUGAUGGAAGAGGACUACAGACAGUACACAUUAAUGAAAAUUUUGCCAAACUGGCUGAAGCCCUAUACAUUGCCGAUCGAAAGGCUCGUGAAGCUGUGGAAAUGCGUGCUCAAGUGGAAAGAAAGAUGGCUCAAAAAGAAAAGGAGAAACAUGAAGAGAAACUUAGAGAAAUGGCCCAGAAAGCCAGGGAGAGGAGAGCUGGGAUCAAAACCCAUGUGGAAAAAGAGGAUGGGGAGGCACGUGAGAGGGAUGAAAUUCGGCAUGAUAGGCGAAAAGAAAGACAGCAUGACCGGAAUCUUUCCAGGGCAGCUCCUGAUAAGAGGUCAAAACUACAGAGAAAUGAAAAUCGAGAUAUCAGUGAAGUCAUUGCUCUUGGUGUGCCUAAUCCUCGGACCUCCAAUGAAGUUCAAUAUGAUCAAAGGCUCUUCGACCAAUCCAAGGGUAUGGACAGUGGAUUUGCAGGUGGAGAAGAUGAAAUUUAUAAUGUUUAUGAUCAAGCCUGGAGAGGUGGUAAAGAUAUGGCCCAGAGUAUUUACAGGCCCAGUAAAAAUCUGGACAAGGACAUGUACGGUGAUGACCUAGAAGCCAGAAUAAAGACCAACAGAUUUGUUCCCGACAAGGAGUUUUCUGGUUCAGACCGUAGGCAGAGAGGCCGAGAAGGACCAGUUCAGUUUGAGGAAGAUCCUUUUGGUUUGGACAAGUUUUUGGAAGAAGCCAAACAGCACGGUGGCUCUAAAAGACCCUCAGAUAGCAGCCGCCCCAAGGAACAUGAGCAUGAAAGCAAAAAGAGGAGAAAGGAAUAGAUACACAUCUCUUCAAAGUAAAUGAACUUAUUAUCCAGAACCCAAAUGAUGCAAGUCAUAAGGGGGAACACUUUGUAAAUGUUCAGGAUGAAACCAAAUCUGCAUGCCAGAUUCCAGUGCUACUUUUUAUUAUGGGAGAAAGGGGGGAUAGAAAAUUCUACUUAGAAUUAUUUAGUUUUUUUAAAGAGUGGGUUGUUUGUGUUCUCCUGCCUUUUGACAUUUAUAGAACAUACUGCCCCACACACGAAAUUAAGACCACUUCCUUUUGUGUGACACUAGUAGUUUGGGGUUGGUAUUUUAAGAACUGCUUAUGAAUAAAGUCACACCACAAUGGGUAGGAACAUGUUCACAUAUUGGAAGUGUCCUGCCAAGUGAAUUUUACCCCCAUUGAGAGCUCUGUUUUAAUUUGGAGUGGGGAAAGUAAGCUCUUGCUUGGUGCAACUAUUUGUUUCAAAUAAAAACAUUUAGACAAAA